AUGUUCACUUCUGAUAUGAUCGAAGCACAUAAGUCGGAAAUACACAUAAAUGGUUGUAAUUCAAACGCUUUUUUGGGACAUUUAAAUUCAGGAAUGGAAUUCGAAACCAUGAAUCUGUUAGUUUCUUUUGCCUACACCGGUGAACUGAGAAUAUCAACUGGUUCAUAUCUUUUACAUUGACGGACCAAGAUAUGAAAUUCAGGAAAUGUACAAUCUCUGAUGAUGGGCGCGAACUUUUGGCAAUUGCUAGAAGUUGUACAGCAAGGAUCGCUGUUUUUAAUAUCGCGACUUCACUCAUCAAAUGUGCUCUACAUCCGAUCUUUCUGCUUUUCGAUGUGCUGCGAAGAGAGCGUGAUUAAGAAAGCCAACUCUUUUCUUCAGGUUUCUUUCUUUUUAUGUCUGUUCAACCUUUUUAUUCAGAAACAUUUCCUAGCAAUAUCACGUGAAGCAGAAUUUGUCAACUUGAGUGAAGACGAAGUCGUUGAACUGCUUAACUUCGACGAGCUUUAUGUUGACUCUGAAGAAGACAUUUUCACAGCGGCCAUACGUUGGCUGCAGCAUGAACCUUCACGCAACGCUUCAUCUGCCAGGUAUGGCCCUUUGAAAACGUUUCAAAUCAGAACUCUGACAGAAUACUUUCGUGCGUCAGACUUCCUCUUCUCAAACCUUCAUUUCUGGCGGAUAUCGUUGCGACGAACAAGCUUAUCAAAGAAGAUUUGGCUUGUCGAGACUUGGUGACCUAAACUAUCUCUCAAAGUGUUAUUGGGCGGCGUGCAGGUCGACGAAGCUAAAGAUUAUCAUCUGAUUCCUGAGCGGAGACCUUUAAUGAAAUCUUUCCGACUGAAAGCGCGACAAUGUCACGACGUCCCUGGACUGAUUUUCGCUCUGGGUUUCUCAAAGAUUUCUAAAAUAUUCUUGUUCGUUCUAUUUGAGGGGGUUUGAUGAAGCCUUGUGAGACAAGAUCAGCCGUGGAAAUCUACGACCCGAUUCUUAAAAAAUGGACGGCGGCAAAAGAAAUGUCGACGGUGCGGUCUCGUGUAGGUGUUGCUGUCGAACACAGACAGGUAGGAACGGUUCUCUCAAGAUUACAUAAUCAAACCAAAAUGAUAUAAAUAAUGCAGGAAAUGUUGUAGGUAUACGCAAUCGGCGGCUUCAACGGGCAAGAUCGCUUGAAGUUAGUGGAGGUCUACGACUACGUCAGAAAUGAUUGGAAAAUGGUGAGAUAAAAUCCGUUUUGAUGAAACUGCUCGUAUUUAUUUGGAUCGCUCCUCUUCGACGGAAAAGAUCGGCUCUGGCGGCUGCUUUUCUGCACAAUCGACUCUACGUUUGUGGCGGCUACGACGGAAUCAUCAGCUUGUCUUCUGUCGAAGUGGUCUUUUUGAUCUGGGCUCUCUUUUAUUUGCUUUGUAGGUUUAUGAUCCUGAUAAAAACGUGUGGGAGGACGGACCUGAUAUGAUCAAACAAAGAAGUGCUUCUGGUGUUGCUGUUCUCGAAGGAUAUAUUUAUGGUCGGUAUUAAAAUUAAGAGAAGAAAGCUAUGUUAAAACUUGGGUAAUGUAUUUUUAGUACGGAAGCGAGAUGGUUGAUAUAAAAAAAAGAGGUCUUUCAAAAGUUUUUAUAGAGGUUGACUUCUGCGUGCCUCUAUUUCGCAGCCAUAUUUUCUCAGAUACCCCAUUUUAUUGUUCUAGUUUUUUUUUUCAUAAUGUUCGGCUAGAAACGUCUGAGAGGCGAAUGUCAACUAAAAAGACAACGCAAGGAACGAAAAAAACAAUCUAACGCAAUGAGAAGUAAAAUUUGGUUUAAAAUAGUGGUUUAAAAGGAUGAGAAAAACAAAAACCAAAUAGGCUUCCAUUGAGACAUUUUGGUGAGCAACCGUGAAAAGCUUUCAAUUUAGUUCACUAUGAAAACGAAAAGAGGAAACUUUUUUUUUUGUGACCAUUGUUAGAUCUGCCUCGAUGAAAAAACGGUUCAGUGCUUGGUGGUCAUGAUGGCAUGACCAUAUUUAACAGCGUCGAGCGCUUCGAUCCGGAAACUCAGAAAUGGGAAAUGAUGCCUUCAAUGACGACGAAGCGAUGUCGCUUGGGCGCAACUGCCUAUAAUGGAAAAAUCUAUGCGUGUGGCGGGUUUGUGUCUUUUCCUGGAUUUGAGCUCUGUUCGUAGAUACGAUGGAUCGUCGUUUCUGAAGAGCGCCGAGUGUUUCGACGUGAAGACGAUGCGCUGGACGCCGGUCACCCCCAUGAACAUCUGCCGGAGCCGAGUCUCUCUUGCCGCCAACAUUGACGGCCUCUAUGCAAUUGCUGGGUAGGGUCUGGGCUCUUGUCUGCGUGGAGUGUCAGAGUUCAGCUACGACGGGGAGAACAACCUGUGUAGUGUAGAGGUCUACGACGAGGACUCCGACAGCUGGAAACUCACUACGCCUCUUCAGACGCACGAAGGCGGCGUUGGAGUCGGCGUCAUACCUAUCCCACCAUUCAUGCUGUGA